CGGCGCUUGAAGCAGGUGCAGACGCAUUCCCGUUCCGGCUGUUGCUGUUCUCUCUCCAGUCGUGGGUCCGAGUCGGGAAAGGACAAGCAUUCUUCCUUUGCCGCUGGAGCUCCGGUGAACCGCUGCCCAGAGCCUAGGCACUCAUCUCACCCAUUAUUCCGCUCUCACUGUGCCAGUCACCUGCACACUUGUCAUCCCGUGACUGUCCCUUCUGCUCAAUGCUCGGAGAAGGGGUCGAACGGGAAUUUCGAGCUUUGGAAAGAGAGGGUCCCCUCGGCCCGCGGGGAGCUGUCUCAGGUGCUGAAGCGUUGCCGGCGUCUGUCUGCGCCAACCCCGCGCGGAGUUAGACCGCACACUCUCGUUCCCGGCUCUCUCCUUCCUUCCCCAUGCCUUGGAUAAGACUAAUUUCAGAACUGUGAAUACAUCUCUCCGUAUCAUGGCCUACGUGAGACACUUUCGGACAUUAGUUUCGGGAUUUUACUUCUGGGAAGCAGCGCUGUUACUCAGUUUGGUUGCAACAAAGGAAACAGAUAGUGCAAGAUCUCGAAGCGCACCAAUGUCGCCUUCUGACUUUCUGGACAAGUUAAUGGGGAGGACGUCAGGGUAUGACGCACGAAUCAGACCCAAUUUUAAAGGCCCUCCAGUUAAUGUCACGUGCAACAUAUUCAUAAACAGCUUUGGUUCUAUUGCCGAGACAACCAUGGAUUACAGAGUGAAUAUCUUUCUCCGUCAGAAGUGGAACGACCCUCGUCUUGCCUACAGUGAAUACCCUGACGACUCUUUGGACCUAGACCCGUCCAUGCUGGACUCCAUUUGGAAACCUGAUUUGUUCUUUGCCAACGAAAAGGGAGCCAACUUUCAUGAAGUGACUACGGACAACAAAUUGUUAAGAAUUUUCAAGAAUGGAAAUGUUCUUUAUUCAAUAAGAUUGACAUUAACACUCUCCUGCCCAAUGGAUCUCAAGAAUUUUCCAAUGGAUGUACAAACAUGUAUAAUGCAACUGGAAAGUUUUGGGUACACCAUGAAUGACCUCAUUUUUGAAUGGCAAGAUGAGGCACCUGUUCAAGUGGCAGAAGGACUGACUUUGCCCCAGUUUCUGUUGAAAGAAGAGAAAGAUUUACGAUACUGCACUAAACAUUACAACACAGGGAAGUUUACGUGCAUAGAAGUGCGAUUCCAUCUUGAACGACAGAUGGGGUACUACCUGAUCCAGAUGUACAUCCCCAGUCUCCUGAUCGUUAUUCUGUCCUGGGUUUCCUUCUGGAUCAAUAUGGAUGCUGCUCCAGCCAGGGUGGCACUGGGAAUAACCACUGUGCUGACCAUGACCACACAGAGUUCAGGAUCACGCGCUUCCUUACCGAAGGUUUCAUAUGUCAAAGCUAUCGACAUUUGGAUGGCUGUCUGCCUCCUUUUUGUGUUCUCAGCCCUUCUGGAAUAUGCAGCUGUAAAUUUUGUGUCGAGACAGCACAAGGAACUUCUGAGAUUCCGACGGAAGAGAAAGAACAAGGACGAUGAGGUAAGGGAAAGUCGAUUUAGCUUCACACCCUAUGGAAUGGGACCGUGUUUACAAACAAAAGACGGAGUGACCCCAAAGGGCACAAACCAUCCCGUCCAGGUAAUGCCGAAGAGCCCCGAUGAAAUGAGGAAGGUCUUUAUCGACCGGGCCAAGAAGAUCGACACCAUCUCUCGAGCCUGCUUCCCGUUAGCCUUUUUGAUUUUUAACAUUUUCUAUUGGGUUAUCUAUAAAAUUCUUAGGCAUGAGGACAUUCAUCAGCAACAAGAUUAAGUCCCUGGGAGCAUGUAAGUGCACACUGUCAAUUCAAAAGGAAGGUUUCUUGGCCAUAGAGGUUGUGUGCGUGUGUGUGUGUGUGUGUGGGUGGGUGUGGGUUUGUGUGGUACAAAUGAUGACCACUGUAUUCAAGCGGCAUGUGGGAUGGUAUUAUGAUUUGCUAUGCAAAGUCACAAGGCAGUUAAGAUUCCUUUAAUGGAUACUAUAUAUAUAUAGUAUAUAAAACGGGGAUUCUAUUUCCUAUUAAAUUAAGAUUCUGUUCUUUCACAGUAACUUGUACAAAUGGAAGUAUUCCCGUCAGUGUGUUCAUAUGUAACAUAAUAUUACAUAAUAUUACACGCGAAAACUUCUUUGAAAUUUUUUUAAGUCGGUAUUAAAUCUCAUAAAAGUAAAAUCUUGUGCAGUAAACUUUGGAGAAGGAAAAAGGGCAAAUGUUGAAGGUGAAACAUCACUAGCUUGAGGCUUCCAAGUGUUUUCUUCUACCGUAGUUACAAAAUAGACAAAUAAUCAGAUAAUUCAGUGGGAACUCACUCAAAAAUGACAGAGGAUUGUACACACAAAUGCCAUCGAACUGACUUAGGUAAUAACAAAAAUGUUUCAAAUUGGAAGAAUAAAAUUUAAAACUUUUAUUGUUCAGCUAAUAAAUUUAUUUGUUUAAA